GAAUAAGGGGGAAUCAGCAACCAUCGCAUCGCACUUUAAAAAAAGAAGUGAGAAUAAUAAAAAAUGAUGCGGUUUCAAAGAGCUUAUCAUCGUUUAUCUCUCUCUCCUCUCUGCCAUUCAUCUCCGCCGUCUGCUUCUCUCCUUCUACUACCUCCCAAGCUUUCCACUCUCCGUUUCCCUAGAGUUCGACGAUUCGCCUCCGGGAACUCUCUGAUGUCUUCUCGUGCUGCUUCUAGGCUUCGCGUCCUCGCAUCUGUAUCUCCCGGAGCUGGAGAAGACGCUGGUGGUAGCAGCUCCAAUGGCUCAGCCUCACUCUCAGCCACCGCAACUGAAGAUGAUGAGUUGGCUUUAGGGACUGGAUAUCGUCUUCCUCCACCCGAGAUCAGAGAUAUUGUCGAUGCUCCACCAGUCCCCGCAUUGUCCUUUUCGCCACACAGGGACAAGAUCUUGUUUCUCAAGCGAAGAGCUCUCCCUCCCUUGGCAGAUUUAGCUAGACCCGAGGAGAAGCUUGCUGGCGUUAGAAUCGAUGGAUAUUGCAAUACCAGAAGCAGGAUGUCUUUCUACACUGGCUUAGGCAUCCAUCAGCUUCUCCCUGAUGGCACUUUGAGCCCUGAGAAGGAGAUCACUGGCAUUCCGGACGGUGGCAAGAUCAACUUUGUUACGUGGUCUAAUGAUGGUAAGCAUCUGGCUUUCAGCAUCCGGGUCGAUGAGAACGGGAAUAGUAGUAAGCCUAUUGUAUGGGUUGCUGACGUUGAGACUGGAGAAGCUAGACCACUGUUUAAGUCGCAAGAUAUUUAUCUGAAUGCGAUUUUUGAGAGUUUCGUUUGGAUUGAUAAUUCCACUCUGUUGGUGAGCACAAUCCCUUCAACUCGUGGAGACCCACCGAAGAGACCUUUGGUCCCGUCUGGUCCCAAAACUCUCUCAAACGAGAAGAAGACUGUUGUCCAAGUUAGAACGUUCCAGGAUUUGCUUAAGGAUGAGUAUGAUGCUGAUUUAUUCGACUACUAUGCCACAUCACAACUAGUAUUGGCUUCUCUCGACGGUACAUCGAAGGAAGUUGGGCCACCUGCAGUUUACACGUCGUUAGACCCUUCCACAGACCAUAAGUACUUGCUAAUUUCAUCACUUCACAGGCCAUAUUCCUUCAUUGUACCUUGUGUUAGAUUUCCAAAGAAGGUGGAAGUCUGGACCGCUGAUGGUAGAUUUGUAAGACAGCUAUGUGACUUGCCCCUAGCCGAAGAUAUUCCCAUCGUCGCCAAUAGUGUACGGAAGGGAAUGCGUUCCAUAAACUGGCGAGCGGACAAGCCAUCAACCCUCUACUGGGCAGAAACACAAGAUGGCGGUGAUGCCAAAGUGGAAGUUUCACCGCGUGAUAUAGUCUAUAUGCAGUCUGCGGAACCACUGGCAGGAGAAGAACCAGAAGUUUUGCACAAGCUUGAUCUUCGCUAUGGAGGCAUUUCGUGGUGUGAUGAUACAUUAGCUUUGGUUUACGAAUCAUGGUACAAAACGCGAAGGACAAGGACGUGGGUGAUCUCUCCUGGAUCUAACGAUGUCACUCCACACAUCUUGUUUGAUAGAUCAUCGGAAGAUGUGUACUCAGAUCCUGGCUCAACCAUGCUGAGGAGAACAGCUGCUGGAACGUACGUAAUAGCAAAGAUAAAGAAAGAAAAUGAUGAAGGCACUUAUGUCUUACUGAACGGAAGUGGGGCUACGCCACAAGGGAAUGUACCCUUCCUUGACUUGUUUGACAUAAACACAGGCAACAAAGAACGGAUAUGGGAGAGCGACAAGGAAAAGUAUUUCGAGACUGUUGUGGCCUUGAUGUCUGACCAGAAAGAAGGGGAUUUAAAAAUGGAGGAGCUGAAAAUUUUGACGUCUAAAGAGUCAAAAACUGAGAACACCCAAUAUUCUCUCCAACUUUGGCCUGACAGGAAAGUGCAACAGAUUACAAACUUUCCUCAUCCUUAUCCUCAGUUGGCUUCGUUACAGAAAGAGAUGAUCAGGUAUCAACGAAAAGAUGGGGUCCAGCUUACUGCAACACUCUACCUACCACCAGGCUAUGAUCCAUCAAAAGACGGCCCUCUGCCUUGCCUGUUUUGGUCUUAUCCUGGUGAAUUCAAGAGCAAAGAUGCUGCUAGUCAAGUCCGUGGCUCUCCAAAUGAAUUUGCAGGCAUUGGUUCUACUUCUGCCCUUCUUUGGCUUGCUAGAAGGUUCGCUAUAUUAUCUGGACCUACAAUACCUAUAAUUGGUGAAGGUGAUGAAGAGGCUAAUGAUAGGUAUGUAGAGCAGUUGGUUGCAAGUGCCGAGGCAGCUGUAGAUGAAGUCGUCAGGCGUGGAGUGGCUCAUCCAAGCAAAAUUGCUGUUGGGGGACACUCGUAUGGGGCGUUUAUGACUGCAAAUCUCCUUGCUCACGCUCCUCAUCUUUUCUCUUGCGGAAUAGCUCGAUCUGGCGCUUAUAACAGAACACUGACACCCUUUGGUUUCCAGAACGAGGACCGAACACUGUGGGAAGCUACCAACGUGUAUGUCGAGAUGAGCCCAUUCAUGUCAGCUAAUAAAAUCAAGAAGCCAAUCUUGCUCAUCCAUGGUGAAGAAGACAAUAACCCAGGAACUCUAACAAUGCAGUCUGACAGAUUCUUCAACGCACUAAAAGGACACGGCGCUCUUUGUCGCCUUGUGAUUCUUCCUCACGAGAGCCAUGGGUACUCAGCAAGGGAAAGCAUUAUGCACGUUCUCUGGGAAACUGACCGCUGGCUUCAAAAAUACUGUGUUCCAAACACAUCAGAUGCAGACACAAGUCCAGACCAGUCCAAAGAAGAAUCAGAUUCCUCAGAGAAAGUAGCGACUCCGACAGGAGGUGGUAACCCUGAGUAUGAAGAUCACUCCAAGAUUAGGAGAUCACUUCUCUGAGGUCUUUGUGUUUGGUAUGGCCACCAAAGGCAGAUACAGCAUUCGAAUGCACUUGCAGAAACAAUGCAACACGCUAUUUUUUUUCAUAAAACAUUCGUAUUGAUAAUAAUGCGUACAAAAAGGUAUUGGAUACUAAAAAACAAUUUCCAUGAACUACAAAUGGUCUUUUUAUCUAAAAAUAAUUAAAAUUUUAAUAUA